CAAUCUUAGCUCCGGCAGUUACACGCUCAGCUCUCUCUCCUGCUGUGUGCCAGUCCCUCUCUCUCUCUCUCUCACUCCCCUUCUCUCUCUCUCUCUCUACUUCUCUCUCUACUUCCUCAAAGUGGCCAGAGCUCCUUCUUUUUUCUCUGGUCCUCUCUACAUCCCUCCACCACUCCUCUUCUUCGUCCUCCAGCAGCGAGAGCGACCAGCACCGACCGGCUCGGCCCAUUCAUCUCCACCUCCGAGCCCAGAAAGGAUCUCAGGCCUCUUACUUUUUCCUCGAACCUUCCACUGAACACCCCAUUUUUUAUUUAUUCUUGACCUUUUUUGGUCUUUCACCCUUCCCGUCAUCCGGAGAGGCCGGUUGGCGUGUGUGUGUGUGUCUGGUGUGUGUCUGGUUUGCGUGCGGCAGCGUGUACGAGGGCUCUGGUGUCGUGCUCUUUGCCCCGAGGGACUCCCUGAAGGUCGUGACUGGAGGAGAGAAAAGUUUUUUCAGCACCAUGAAUGUCCAGCUGCUGCUCCUGUUGGCCCUGGCCGGCCCUUUCUGCGCCUUCACACAUGCAAGCCCCACAGAAAUCCCUGCAGAGUUCUUCACUGGGACAGAAGAAAGUGCAGAACAUGUCACCGCUGCGGCAACCGAGGCUGCACAAGAGGAACUGACUGUUGUCACCGGUCCCCCUGCAACCGAACCGGCAGCGGCCUCUGCAGAAGUAACCGAAGCAGUCCAUGUAGAAGUCACUGAAGCUGUCACUGAGGCUGUCACUGAAGCUGCCACCGAAGCUGCCACUGAAGCUGUCACCGAAGCUGCCACUGAAGCUGUCACCGAAGCUGCCACUGAAGAGACCAUAGAGUGGACCCAUUUCCAUAUCGCCAUCACCGAGGAGCCCAUCCUUAAGACAGAGGCUCCCACUGCUGCUGCAGAAGCACUAGAACCCCUCGCCACUGAAGCUCCUGCUGUGGAGACCGCAGGCCCCACUGAGGCAGCAGAGGUUGCGCCCGUGGCGACGGCGGCUGCCGAGUUAGAGGAAAAAGAGAAUGUGUUCGUUGAAGUCAACACAGACGAUGGCAUGACCCCCGGCCAGGUAGCCGGCACCGUGAUUGGCAGUCUGCUGAUAGUGGUCGUCGUCAUCGUCGUGGUGACAGUUGCAUACAGGAGGAUGGGAAAAUACUCGUCCCCCAGGAACAAAAAACCUCAGAAAAAAGACAACAUUGUGAAAUCUCCCUUGAAGAGAAAAACAGCAAAGCAGCAAGAGCACCCAAGGUUCUGGAAAUUCUGAACUACUGAACUGUGACGUCAUUUCUGAUCAUUAAAACAAGCACGACUCCAGAACUAAACCAACCUAACCAGGACUCUGGACUGCCAAAAAACCAAAACAAAAAAACAGGGGGAGGGAGGCUUGUGUGUAUUUAUGUGUGUAUUGUAUGAGUGUGAGACAAGAGGGGGUACAUGAGCAGACAUCCUCGCCUCCCCCCCGCUAUCUCCCUGACCCCCUAAAGCUGCAGAUGUGAAAGGCUGUGGCUUCCCCUGCUCCCUCCGGGAGAACAAAACGAGGUGACAGCAGGAUGUCACAAAGAAUUUCAGGGCUUUUCAGAUGUAUUUUAAAAAGAAAGAGAAGCAGGGGAUUAUCUGACAUGGAGGGGGUAAACUCUCUCCUCUAAACUAUUUCAGUGACUGACUUAGAUUUGCAUUUAAGUGUGUGAAGGACAUAACAAAUGCUGACAUAACUAUAGGAAAUUAAACACACAUGGACGGUGGGAACAGGAAAAAUGCAAGAGAGACAGUUACAAAUUCCACAGGAUGUAUAUACAAUGUAAGGGGGACUACACAGCAUACAGCUAAUGACUUUCUCAUAAUGCAGUUGCAUAGGCUAGCAUUUGAUAUUAUGGAAUACACAGUACACACAGACCAUUGUUGUGGCCUUUAAGACGCCCCUGAGCACCAGUUAAAAUGUUUCCUCAUGUAGCCAGAUCCUCUGACAUGUCGGGCGACUGUAUGAAGCACCGUGUGCAGAAGUUUUUCUUUCCCUGACAUGACGAUACUCGCGAGUGGUGUUGGCUAGCAUGGGGCUAACAGAAACGACAAAGGCACCUCAUUUGCAAGAGUAACGCGACAUUCUGCCCACUUUAACACUGACUUAUAAAAACCUAAUACAUAUCUGUGAAAUUUAGCAGAAGGGUUUGUGCCACUGUCUCUGGUAUUCUCUCGGAAGUUUGGAGGAUUUGAAGUUUUGAAGUGCAUUAUUAAUGUGAAUUGACUGUAGUUUUUAACUGCCACCCAUUCCAAAAACAGAACAGCUUUGUCGACUCCUGGCUCGUUCCAUAGGAAGCCUCUCACCCAGCCCGCGGCUGUUAGACAUGGUGAUUGCAUUGUCUCGACAAUGUACUCACAGUACUUGUGUUAAUAGGUAGAUUACCAGAACAGCCAUCCAGUCUUUACAUUGGGCUAAACCCAGAUUGCGUGCACAGGAUGACAUUUUUAUAGUUGCACUUAGUUUUAGUGCGCAGUGUUAGGCAGCAAUGCCCCCGCUUUUUUUUGGUUCUUUUUUGCAAUUGUACGUGUGCUAAAUGGGUGUACAAUUUAUGAAGUCUCAGCUUUGCUCUGCUUUCCAAACUCGUUUAAUAUGUGCACUGACUGAGUGAUGUAAUGGUUAAUGACUAGGCUUUAGACACUGCAAAUGUUUGCAACGACAUGUGUCCGCGUCCUCCCUUCUGCUUUGCCUCAUAUUAUCAGUUCUAGGUCUUUAAUUUGUGCCAUCUGAUUUGUUUGAACCUUGUAUUUAAUUGCAGUGUUUUUGUUCACACUGUUUCAAUAAAAAACUGAAAACACUCCA